AUGAAGUAUUUUGCUCCAAGUUUAGAUGGUCAGUCUCAAACAGUGUGGGGCUCUUCAGUGGUUACCGAAACCCAUGGCCCUUCACGUCUACUGCAUUAUAUAACCACAAAAGCUCCCGUAAGUCAGAUGUUGAUACGCUUUACAGUGUUUUAAACCUUUUGAUCAAUUUAUUUUGAAACAGACGCUAAUGAAUAGGUCGGCGUAAACCAUAACCCUGAUCGAGUAUUCAAACAACAAUAAAUGUUUGAUACAAUGUAAAUGAUGCAUUAAAAACGCCAAAUGACAUCGGUCGCUUCGAGGGACUUUUGAAAAUACCUGAGAGCUUGUGCAAGACGUAAAUAGCCAGUGCAAGAGUCAAUAAGGCUUUUGAGGCAAAAAGUCAGUCGCACAUAUAAACAAUACAAAAUAGUUAUGAAAUCCAACGGGCUAUCAAAUUGAAGACUGUGAGCUGCAGGGUCUAAGGAAUAAACGCACAAAACACGAAAAAACUAGCAGAAAACAUUUUAUAAAACUGGCACUACUUUAGUAUCAAUUAGUGGGCGACUGCGUCGGCCAAAUUGCUUCAUGAAUAAAAUUCAGGUAUACAUUAGAGGGCAUUAAGACGUAAUCAUACUAUCAUUCCAAUAAGGAGGUCGACUUUGCAUACGUGAGCCAUAGAAAACCGGUAAGGCUAAGUUUGGAAUAAACAACUUUUUUGAAGAACAUGAUGUACAGCACAGAAAGCCACUUUCGACGAUCAUGUGGACGAGACCGCCAAAACCAAAAAAUUAAAAACGAUUUUGCUUAAAUUAUAAGAGACCACUACCGGAUCCGGAUCGGUAAAGGCACAAUAUUUCCACGGUAUUUGAUAAAGCGCUACCUUUUGCAAUAGUCCUCGGACCAGUCCAGUGCAUAUAGGAGUUUGGCUCUACGGUUGAACUCCGUUAGCGGUAUCCUUCGAAACCUUCCAUAAAACAGAGGCCCACCAAAAAGCGCACGUGAAUACUCGAACAGUUGCAAAAAACAUUGAUCUUCUAGUUAUCAGACAGAAAAUAAAAGAGGAGAAGCACUCGGAAAUUAUAUAAUAUAAAUAGAAGGUCAGUUUAAUGAUGCCAGAUCCAAUCAGAUUCAGAAGCUCUGACAGUGAAGUAGGGGAUACAGAAAACACAAAGGCUCGACUUCAGGGAAUCCAUCCCCACAGCAUUUCAGGUGAAUAUUCGCUAAUAAUAACUUUCACGUGAUCAGACAUAUCACGAAGCGUUGAACAUCGUGGUUUGGGAUGCUUUUAACUGAUGGUACAAGGCAGGCCUCGCAGUUAGCCCCGGGUGUGUACGUGGUGUUGUAGAUUGGCGGGCGAUGUUUCGGGCUCAUUGGCUCCUUCAUAAUAUGUCCCCUAUGGUGAUCUCACACAUGUGAGAUUCGAACCCGCACCCCGUAUCAGAUGGCUGACCGGCUCGGAAAGAAGAUUCACGUCUGGAAGACGAAAGGGGGUGGAGUCGACUUUGGCGACUACGUGCCCACAGCACUCUGGGUCUAUUCCUGAUUACAAAACAUCUGACGCGCUUUGAAACUACUGCUAGUCGAUAAAGACCGCAAUUUGAACAGCUGUCAGUCGAGGGCAUAACUCGCUCCGUCUUUUAGGACAAUUAGCCAGGUUGCAAAGGCUCCUUCUUAAUGAGACCCCUACGAGAUCCUACUCAACCGGGACCCAAGCUCUCGCUUUUUUGCUAUGUUGAAAUCCUGGCCAAUCCUGUGCAGAUCAGGUCGUGUGAAGUACGCGCAGACAGGUUAUUUAGUCUUUUCAACCAAUGCGUCCGACCCCACUCCCAGUCUUUUUGACCCUGUUUUGACAUCGGACACACAACGGUGAGGGAAGUCAGAGUUCGGCAGAUGCUGCUGAAGUCUGCGAUCAACCCAGCCGGUCAAUUAACUGAUGAUGUUGGGUGCUGCUGAGUCUGUUCUGGUCGUUACGCUGUUAGUGGUGGCCAGGUCGCUGGAGGGCGAGUUAGUUGCGCUGAUGACGGGAAAGUAGUCAGAGUCUCGACAAUGUGGUGAAUUUAUCUGCCAUGGAUGCCCAUUUGGCCGAAUAAGUCCAUGCGGUGAAUGAAUGUGCGUGGGCAAUGCGAAAAUUUGAGGGGACUGCGGUGGAUGCAUAGUAGGGUUUCUUGCACUGGUGCUUCUGUCAUUGUACGAUGGAUUCGCAAUUGAGUGACCAGGGCGGUACGCGUGAUAAAGGUGUGAUCACAGUGGGGCAGGUUUGGAUUAAGUCCACAUUGUUGGUGGCGAGCGUGGUGGUUGACGGGAAGUCGGGAGUUUUCUCACCAGUGGUGGGGGUUACCGAUGUGGCAGUCGACGCUGCUGUCAUCGCCGGCGUUCGGGCAGGUAUAGUAAGUUGGUAGGGGUCGACAGUGUCGUCUGGAGCGUCAUGGCACUAGGAGUGCGAUCACCGGUGGUGGUGAUGGUGGUAGUCGCCAUCUUGGGGAUUGGUGCGGAGGUGACAAUGAGGGCGUUCGUGUAGCAGGCAGCGUUGUCAGGAUGCUGUUUCACUGGGUCUUGCGAUGUCUGAAGAUUCCUAUCCAUGUAGGGGAUGUCCGGGGACAAGAUUAGAAGGUUUGGGCGCUGGGGUUUUGGGUCCGCAAGGUCCGGUUUUCUUUGUAGAUUGCCUCUGCAGUCUCCAAUACUCUUCUCCAGGCUGGUGGGUCCUACGCGAGGUCAUCUCAGGUCGCCAUAUCAAUUCGUAGAUCCUAAGGGGACAUACUCAGGUCAUCCUUGUAGCAUUGCUUUUGUCUAUCUAUUCGGCAGGCAACCGAAGCGAUGUCGCCUUAGAGGAGUCUCCGGAGUUGGCGCUCGUCGUCCAGGCUCGGGGAGUGGUCGCUCCAUCCCUGUUAGAGUUGCCUAAGGAUGGCGUGGAGGAUGAGGAUUCCGGUUCGUUCCGAGACUUCCUUAUCGACAAUCCUGUACUGCGACCUCACCUAUAGGACUUUUCAGAGAUAGCUGAGGUGAAAUUGACUGAGAUUCCUGGUUUGAUUAUUGCAGACUGUCCAUAUUUUGUCCCGCAAUGUAAGGUUGUCAGGACGACCAGUCGGUAUAUUUUGAAUUAUUUGUUGGUCUGAAGUCCGCGGCUGUUCCAGAUGGAGUAUUUCAGCCUGGCUGGGUAUGAAAAUCCUCUGGGACACUUCGUCGUGAUUUUGAUUUUGCGUGGGUGUACGGUAUAAACAGGCGAAACAGGUCAAGGUUUGGAUUUGGGUGCCGCCGACAGUGAUGCGAGGGGGUCGUAUUCAGUGUUGAGUGACGGCUGACGCAUGACCGUCGUUGUGUCCGUGUUGAUGACCAGCCCGAAUUUGGCGGCACAGGUCUGCUUCUGAGGCUGUGCUGAGAGUACAAGCGAUCGCGGUGAAAAGAUCGCAGACAGCAGUCCUCAGUCGACGCUUCAGAGUCUUCAUGCGUCGGUUAUUGAGAAUUGGCCAUUGGUCCUGUAUGCCAUGCGAAUCCCCGGGUGCUUAUCACUGUAGACGUCGAGCAUCAUGGCAGAGGGCAUGAGACUACAAAGGGUGGGGACGGAUAGGCAGCCAUGCUUCAUUCCGUUGGUCACUGCAUUUGAUGUUUUUUUUCUUGAACCGCUUUGGCCUCGUGUGCAUUCCCAUUGAUCUUUAACAGUCAUCUGCUAUGAACAUGGUCGACCUGAGUUGAUAAGCUAAUGGCCAGUUUUCAUUUCAUCUGCAGCAUGGAAUAAAAAUUCGUGAUGGCCUACAUAGAAGCAUUAAAGAAGUCAUAUUCGGCCAGCGUACUUUUUCGAUUGCUCCUCGUAACGCUUGUAUAAUAAUAUAAGUAAUUUGCCGAUAGCAUGGUUAUGACAGUUCCGAUAUAACAGAAGCAGAGGCAGUUACUGUUUAGUUCAGUUCGGGACAUGGGGAAAGUAAUGUUUGUGUUUCGUUGCUUUAACGCAUUGUAGCAGAAUGCGGGUAUGACUAUGAAGGUUUAAUUUGGGCCAGGGAGCCUGGAUAACAUUAACAAACGCCUUCUGUGAAAGCAAGAUUUGGUUGGUUACCUGCACGGCCACCGCUUCUGACGUCGCAAGUAUCCGCUGUCGCAGGAAUUCGGAGUGCCUCACCGGCACCCUUUAAGGCGGACUGGCUAAAUCGAAGCAUAGAAAAAUCUACUUCUAGCUCAAGUUUGGCUCUCUUGGUUGACAUCGUAUACAGGCAGACAUCAGCCAAGCAUUUUGAGACAUCUACAAAGUGCCGGCGAGGCACACCAAAUCCCUGCGACGGUAGAGGCGGUAGCUAUACGGCAUUAUAAGCAGUACUCACUGGCAGUCUCUUCUUUUCUCUUCUCUCCUGUCAUGAACUGAACUGAUUUAUAAUAACCCCUGGUUCUGACAUAGCUGAAGGCUCCUAACUUUGCCCAUGACUAUUAUUUAAUUGCUGCUACCGGAAAUUACGUAUAUUAAUGUACGGGCCUUGCGAAGAACAAUCGAAAAUUUGCUGUGCUUACUUACACGUCUAUCGACACGAAGCUGUUUUUGUUGCUUGGCAAGCAUAAAAAUUUUCUAGCUAUAGGCGCUAAGUAAAAAUUCUACCUUAAAAUACUCUCAUGCAGGCUCUUGUGAAUAUUCUAAUCUAAAUCUGGCACUCGAGGAUUACAGGCAAUACUGACUACAGAUUCAUUUUUCUGUAAAAAUGCACAGGGUUUUUCUUUCGUUUUGUUCAGUUGCAUUCAAAUAACUGCAAAGACCUCCAGGAAUACGGAGAACAUGCGUAGCAGAUUUCCAAGACGAAUAAAAAUUAGUUUUUGUCAACGAGUCAAAUGUAUUUCUCUUAUUAUCCUUUUGGUCACGUUAUCACCUAAGAAAGCCGCCAGACAAAUACCAAACAAGCAUUAGUUGACCGCCAUCUAGUAGUCUUUUGUGGCCCAAAAUGAUUUUUUGGCUUUUUCAGUUACCUGUUUUCAUCAAAGCAUUGUUCCUUGAGGUCGAAAUUAAUCUAGCAUACCAAACAUCAUUUGUUUCAAUUUACGUUCUUCCUUUUAGGUCAUAAACCUUGAUGAAAAAUCUCUAAAAAUAAAAAAUGGAGCGUGCUAUGUAUCCGAUGAAGAAGUUGGAAAACCCUGUUCAGUUACCAAUAGUAUGUGCUUUUGUGUUUAUAUUGAUACCCAGCCCCGAAAUCUAAACGUUUUGCCAAGGUUAUCUUAACAAACUUACCAAAAGUCUCGGAAUGGUGUGAUCUUUACGAAAUUCUGCAUUAUUAGCAUUUACUUAUUUAUAUUUCAGAAAUAACACCCUGUUAUCGAUUACCGUCCUGCAUUGUAUCUUUUUCAUAAACUGAACUCUUUCCUAGUCCCAUUUACCUGUGCUGGAUCGCUAUGAGUAUUGGGGUGCAACUGUUUACAAAGCUUACUAGUCAAAUGAACCUAAAAUUUAUAUUCCUAUAGUUAAAAAUUAGCUAUUUGGGCAGUACAUGGGAAGUUGUUCAUCUUUGACUGAUAGCAUAAUUCCAGGGCCUUGAGAUGAUAGAAGUACGCUCAAAAGAUUAUAGUUCACAGUGUCGACAUGUCCUUGUUUAAUUUAACAGGGAGGACUUUUGCUUGGUUUAAAAUACUGACGACGCAUGCAUUAUCUAAAAUCGCAGACAUGCUAUACCGAUAUUCUACUGUUGCAUUACACAUCUGUGAGGGGUUCAGCUCGUCUGUGCGUCAUCCCAUCGUUUCCUGUGUGCUUUCUGGUGGAUGUCUGCUCAGAUUUCGGAUCAGGCCCCUAAAUUUUCAUUGCGAAUGAUUCACUCCGUGAAGGCCCAUUCAUUUCUAUCGAUGUAGAAAGUGCAAAUGACACACUAGUCCAUGUGUGAAUUCUUUUGAGACUAAUGGGUUAACUUGGCAGAAACGCCCAUCAUCUUUGAAAAUUUCAUUCAACUUAACUGUGCGUUUUCUGCUUAAGUCCCCUAUAAGCUUAAUAAAAUUAUUUCGCGAACAACCAAACUUUCAUCUGUCUUUCAGCUUCCGAUGGAUUUUUAACGGAACUCCAAAUUUCCUCUGUGACCAAACAUAAACAGCUAGUCGUGUCCGGCCACGUCUCGCACACCACAUUUUUUGCUCCAAAUUGUGUAUUUCCGGAAGCACUGGCAGGUAAUACCUAA